CAGUGGAGGAAGGAAAGAGCAGCAGUCACCCAAACAUCAUCAUCCCCCACAGAGCAGCAGAACCUGGAGAGGAACCAGGAGAAGAACCAGGAGUCGAACCAGGAGAAGAACCAGGAGAAGAACCUGGAGUCGAACCAGGAGAAGUCUGUAGAAACACUGGAACUAUCUGAGGAUCACCAGCUGGGUUUUAAUCUUUCUGAUACCGAUUUGCGAGAUUGAACGUGAAGAACUCGCACAUAUAGAACUGCUGCCCGUUGAUUUCCUGCAUCAUGGAGCCUGACCAACCAGAGAUGGGCAUCCUUGCCAAUGGGAAAGGGCAUGAGGUUGGGGAUGACAUGAAUAUACCGAUGAAGAUGAUGAUGGAAGAAGACCAAAAUGAUACUCAAACCAGCAGGUUUGAUGAUACUGAGGAGAACUUGGCUGAGAAUGUGGAGUUCCUCCCCACUGGUGAGGGCAAGAAGCAACGUUUCACUGAUUUUGAGGGGAAGACCUCGUUUGGCAUGUCUGUCUUCAAUCUUGGCAAUGCCAUUAUGGGCAGUGGAAUUCUGGGCCUGGCUUAUGCCAUGUCCAACACUGGCAUCCUACUGUUUCUGUUUCUCCUCACGGCGGUUGCUGCUCUUUCUUGCUACUCCAUUCAUCUCUUACUCAAAGCGUCUGGAGUUGUAGGAAUCAGGGCAUACGAGCAGCUGGGUUACCGGGCCUUUGGUACUCCUGGAAAGAUGGCAGCUGGAAUUGCCAUCACCCUGCAGAACAUUGGAGCCAUGUCCAGCUACCUGUUCAUCGUUAAAUCUGAGUUUCCUCUGGUGAUCCAGGCCUUCCUGAGAGCAGACAGUGAAUCUGAGGAAUGGUAUCUGAAUGGAAACUACUUGGUGAUUUUGGUGACUGUAUGCAUUAUUCUUCCCUUGGCUCUGAUGAAGCAGCUCGGAUACCUGGGAUACGCCAGCGGAUUCUCUCUCAGCUGCAUGGUCUUCUUCCUCAGCGCGGUGAUCUAUAAGAAGUUCCAGAUCCCCUGCCCGUUUGAGGAGUAUUCGACCAACAGUACCCUUCACCUGCACUCAAACACCUCGGCCUUCACUGAGCACGUGCACACUUAUGAUAACGGACACUCAGAGGACGAGGAUCACUGCACCCCUCGUAUGAUCACCAUCAACACUCAGACUGCGUACACCAUCCCCAUUCUGGCCUUCGCCUUCGUCUGUCACCCCGAGGUUCUUCCCAUCUACACUGAGCUGCGCAAUGCCUCUCAGAAGAAAAUGCAGCAGGUGUCGAAUCUCUCUAUUUUAAUAAUGUAUACCAUGUACUUCCUCGCCGCCCUGUUCGGGUACCUGACCUUUAAAGAUAAAGUGGAGUCUGAGCUGCUGCACACCUACAGCAGGAUCGACCCGUACGACACGCUGAUCCUGUGCGUGAGGGUGGCUGUGCUCACGGCCGUCACACUGACCGUGCCCAUCGUCCUGUUCCCCGUUCGCAGAGCCAUCCAGCAGAUGAUCUUCCCCGAUAAAAACUUCAACUGGCUCCGUCACAUCGGCAUCGCCGUCACCCUGCUCACACUCAUCUGUAUGCUCGUUAUCUUUGCCCCAAAUAUCCUGGGCAUCUUUGGGUUCAUUGGUGCUACAUCUGCUCCCUGCCUCAUCUUCAUCUUCCCUGCUGUCUUUUACAUCCGCAUCGUCCCCAAGGACGAGGAGCCCACACGCUCCACACCAAAAAUUGUGGCUGCUUGUUUCGCCGGGUUGGGUGUUCUGUUUAUGAUCAUGAGUCUGAGCUUCAUCGUCAACGACUGGGUAUCAGGGACCUCCAAUGCUGCUGGUGGCCACUAGGGGGCGGUGUCUGAUCUGAGUGUUUGAUGUGAUUUGAUGUUGUGAGUGUUUAAUGUGAGUGUUUUACAGAAGAGCUGAGGACAUAUCAGGAGUUGGGAGGGAGGAGCCUAGGUUUGGGGCGUUGCCUUUUUAAAUUUUUAUCUAAUUUUAAUGUGCUGUUUUUAAUGUGCUAUUUUUAAUGUGCUGUUUUCCAAAAUGAUCCUCAAGAUGCACAUUGUUGUGUUGGUCCAGCUCCCAGUGUGUGGUGUUGCAGUAUAGUGGAUAACAACCCUACUCUAGCCAAUAAGAGGCUUUGGAGAAGAAUAGCCAAUACUUUCCCUUACCUCUGUAAUAAUAUAUUUAAAUUAAAUUAAUGGCUCCUGAUUAGAGCGUCUGCCAAAUGCAGCAUGUAUUAAGGCUAGAGAUGGAGUAUAUGCAGAUGGUAUUUAAAGUAACUCACCUUUAGAUAUUCUGUCCAGCUAACAAUUCUUGUUUAGUAGAACAUUUUCUGAAUCUUUCAAGUUUUCUUUUGUUCUUAGAAUGGUUUAUUUAACAUUUUUAAACGUUCUAGUAACACCACAAUGACUUUACUUGUGUCAGUGUUUUAACUUUUUAAAUAACACAUUUUUAGAGCGUUCCUGGAGCAUUAUUUCUGUCACGUUACAGGUUAUUCUUCCUGGAACCUCUUCAAAAUGUUGUUCAACAUUCUUAUAAUGUUUCCUGUUGAUGCUGUAUAGAAGCAAAAAAUGAAAAAAUACUGAAUCAAUUGACUUAUAUCCAAGAAUUGAACAUUAGUGCUAUCCUGCUAUCUCCAGUAAUACCAACACACCUGAAAUGUGGACCUCAUGAAGCUUUUUGAGGACUAGUUUGGAAAACUCUGGUGUAAAGGAUGUGCUAACCGUCCAAUAAUAAGAAAUACCCAGAAAACUACACAAUACAUACUGUAUACUGCCUUGAAAAAGUAUUCAUACCCACGUCAUUUUUCCUCACUUUUUGACGUCACACCUACACAUUUAAAUGUAUUUUAUUGGGGUAGCACUGAAAAGCAUUGUAAAGCAAAAAUGAAAUUAUACAUAGUUUUCACACUUUUUAUUGGAUAAAAAUCUGAGAAGUUGUGUGUAAUUUACUCUCAGUGUAACUACAGGUGAUCUGUGUAGGCCGUAUAAUCCAUAAUCCAAAAAAAAUUGAAAGUACUCUACACAUGCAGCCAGAGCUGAAUGGUAAUUUGAAAGUACUAACAUCUCCCUCGUCUGCUGACUUGCCGCAGACAAUGGCUACAGAUUCCUCCCUCAGAAGAAGUCUGCUGGCACAUCUUGCUGUUUACAGUCUGAGGUUUGCAACCAAAUUGACUGAAAUGGUAUUUCUUCAACUGAUCUAUCUAAUAUUUUCCCUUUAAGUUUGUGGUGUGUUUAACAUCAAAAUAUGUCAAAAAGUUUAAGGUGUAUGAAUUAUAGGUGCUGCACAAUAUUGUAGAAAAUUACAUUGCAACAUUUUAAUAGAUAUUGUGAUAUUUAAAAAAUAUAUACAGGAAUUAACCCAGGCCUUAUUUUUCUAGAAAUCAAUGCUCCAACAUGUCAUGAUAUUAAUAAUACAUUCUAUAUAUGAAUGAUUGGAGUAACAUAUUUUAAAAUGUAAAAUGUAAGAAAUGCUUUUAAAAAUGUAAAUUGACAAAAAUUGAUUUUGCGAUUUAUAGGUUUAUGUUUGUGUAAAAUAAACAUUGUUGUUUUAUUCUAUAAACUACAGACAACAUUUCUCCCAAACUCCAAAUAAAAUAUUGUAAUUUAGAGCAUUUAUUUGCAGAAAAUGAGAAAUGGCUGAAAUAACAGCACUAGUAUGAAUACUUUCUCAAGGCACUGAUGUUUAGUUCAUCCUCACCUGUCCAACAUGUCGUACAGCUCUGCAGUGACUCAAGCUCCUCUUCCUCUUCCUGUUCCUUUUCUUCCUCCUCUUCUUCCUCCCUUUGCCAAAGCUUGCUCAUGAUCUACAGCGAGUUCUGUAGGAAGUCAGUCGUCCCCUGUUGAGUUUCUGUAACACUGACAGCACAUAUUUGUACAGUAGAGGCUUAGAAUGAUCACAAUUUCUAUUUUUUCUAUCUAAUGUAGAGAGAUACAGCGUAGUUCUGGAGGCGGCGAUCACUUUUCCUGAGCGUUUGUGGUUUGGGCACAAGUGAUUUAACUGAACGCAGUAGAAAGUGGGCACAUUUUACAGUUGGCUGCAGUUAAACAGGUCUGUGGUGCUCGAGUUCAGUCUGUAGCCCAGAUUUCACUGGAUUAUUUCAGUGUGCCAAAGCGGUCGCUCUGUGGUUUGAGAUUACGAUUAUGAUUAUUUAUCAGAAGGUAGUUUAUAUACAGUGCGUUCCUCCUGCUGCCUCUGCAGCUCUCCCAGCAGGCGUAACGACAGAGAUCCUUCAUACUGAGAUGAGUAAUAAGUUAAUGUGUAUUUAUUGAGGUGUAUAAUGUUUUUGUUUUUAUUUUACUAGUCGAGUUUUUCAAUCACGUAAGAGUGUAGAGUGUAUUUAAUAAAUAUGAUUUGUGUUUUUUCUUUGUAAAAUGUUCAAAUGUUCAAAUAAUCAAUUUAUACAGUGAGUUCACAUGUAUGACUUUAAGGUGAAUUUCACAAAUUUUUCCACAGAGUCAUGAAAUAUAUCGUAAAAUAGGUAUGUUUUAAGUUUUCCAGAGUUUGUUUGGUGUGAAAUGUUUCAUGAGUCAGAAUGUCACUUAAAGCAGUUUUACACAAACAAAGAUUACAUACAAUGUUAACUAUUGUUUGGUUUGAUAACCGGCUUAUUGUUUUAACAUAAACUUGAGAUUUUGGCCCAAAAAUGUAUUUAGCUGGCAAACACUAGACAAAGUAUGUGUAAAUUGGGAUGUAAAUACUUAUAUUUAAAAAAAAAAUCUGCCAAUGGGAUAUGUUAAUUUUUCUUCGAAUGUUUUUCAAAAUAAGCUGUUAUCACAAAGUCUCAAAAUACGGUAUGUAAAGUGAGACUUAAUUUUGUGAAAAUAUUCACGUUUUUUUGCUUAAAUUGGACACAAGAAUCAGAAUGUCUUGACUGGUGACUUUUUGCGCUUAUUUUGUAUUUAUUUUAUUUACUUAAAAUAAGGUUAAAAUUCUAAAUAAGACUGAUUUAAGAUAAUUAUUCUUAAAAAAUAAGCAAAUUGAUCUGACCAGUAAGACAAAAAAAUCAGAUAAGAUAAUAAGUAUGUAAAUUUGUUGAUUUACAUACUGUUUUAACACACAUGAAACUCUUCCAAGUGUGGCAUCGUUAUAAUUAUUAUUAUUUUAUUACAAUGUUUAAAUGCGUAGACAGAAUACUGUAGACUUACGCCAUACUUACUUCUCUUUAAACUGGGUAACAUUAUCAUAACAAAAAUACAUUAAUGCAAACAAUACCAUAUAUUGAUAUUUGAUACCACAUAUCAAUUACGUAUCAUAAGCAAAAAAAAAUAUGUUAUAUCGCUGUAUUAAUAUUUUGUUCCCUGGUGUGUAUGGUAUAGUGAAACUGCUUGGUCCUGCUGGCGAUUGGUGAUAAUAGAUCGUGGUCCACUGGUAGACCCACUUUAAUAUCAGUAAAAAACACUACUGAUCGCUACACCAAUCAGCUUAUCUUGUCUAAGCGUUUUUUCCCUAUGAGGAGAUGAAUGGGCUUUUCAAAAACUGGCCUCGAUCACAUUCUUUACUGAAUUAAUAUGUUCAGAACCUUGUACGUUUUAUUCUGUGUAUAUUUUUCUCCUAAACAUCACUGGGUCGUAAUGAGAAAAAAGCUAGCUUUAAGCUAAUGCUACAGCGGAGUAAACUGAUGUCCCAGCGCAGCUGCAGAGAUUGACAGGGGACUGUUUUCGGCGCAACACCAAGGAACCAGGGCCAUAAGUUUACAGCAUAUGACACACAGCUGAUCCAACUAAUGAACUAACUAACUGCCCUUACUGAGGAGAGCUGAGAGAGUUACAGCAGGAAAUCACUAACCCAGCAGCACAGAGUUAGUCCAGAACCAGCUUUAAACACUCUAUCAGAUAGUUGAUUAGUUGUUAGUUGAUUAUUUGGAUCAGGUGUGCUGUAGUCAGUAUAAACUAAUGACCGUCAUUAAAUACUAACUUAAACUUUACAGGGAAGCGCUACUCCUGAACAGUAAAAGCUCACUUUCUCUUAUUAUCUGCAUUUUAAAGCUCGAGCACAGACUACACUUCUCAACAUCACAGACUGAAAGAGUUUUACCUGUUUAACUGCUUUUAUGAUCCUCUGUGAAGAAAAAGACAAGAAGACGAAUAAUCCAAAACAUGAUCUGACCAGAGUUUACUGAUGUACUGCAGAAUCUGGUCCACUGCCUUCAAGCAGUAGCUUAAAGUUAGCAUUUUUCUGAUUACUAACCUUAAAUGAUCUCGAAAUUCAGAGGAUCCAGUGAUGUUUAGGAGGUAAAUGUACACAGAAUAAAACAUACAGGGUUCUGAACAUAUUUAUUUAACACAGAAUGUGACCGAGGCCAGUUUUUAAAAAGCCCAUUAAUUUUUUUCCAUAGACCAGAACCUUUUAGACACAGAACUCCAAAUAUGGGCAUAAUCAACAAAAUGACGACACGACUUCAGUGGCCUAUUGGCUGUAUUUGCGUUGUGACAUUGUGACCACUAAAGACUCUGAGCUGAUCUUUCUAGAAUUAAAUAUUCUGCACCAAACUUGCUCUCAGAAUAACUUUUUUAUACAUUUUUUUCAUUAAAUUCACUAAAAUUGACAGAAAAAUCUGUGAUUCACCUUUAAUUUCUGACUAAAGCCGAAAACAUGUAGACAGACCUUUAGUGUUUCCUGCUAUUUCUGUUUCCAGCUUUGACACGUGUGUUCCUGUUCCUGUGCUGCUUUCUGAUGUAUAAUGUGAUUUAUUGCUUAUUGGUACCAGUAUACUUAGUGUCUGCACUGAUAAUACUGAUAAUACUGGUAGUGAGAAAAAAUACUGUAGCUUUAAAACUGCUGCCAAUUAACUGUUCCUUUAAAAUCGAUUAUACUGUAGAUAAAUCCAAUAUAAAUAAUGUGAAAACGGUUCUCUGAGAGAGCAGAGAUGGAUGCAUGGAAGAGAAUGGCUAUCUUAGCUUAGCUUUAGCUCGGCCCACAUUUAGGAACAAUGCUGUUAUAUAGCUAAUUACCAGUUAAUUGACAUUAAAACCUAGAUAAAAACAGUGUUCUUGGCCUAAAACUGCAAAUGUGUUGUGUGUGAAUCUUACAGAACUAUAAUAACAAUGUUUUUGAGAUAAUAUAGCUUCAAAGCUAAAGCUAGCAUUAGCCUACACUGAAAAAAUUCCCUACUACUGAAAUGUGAAUGUGAUUUAUAAUAAAAUAAUAAUAAAACAAAAGUAGAAUAUUCACUCUGGAUGUGAAAGCAGUAACUGUUAUUAAAUUAAUUAUAACUACUUCAUCAAAGUACAGAUGAAGCUUUUAGGGCUGCAUCCAGGUCCAGCUUAUGCAGCUGCCUACUGCCCAGUUUACUACAGUCCUUGUAAAAGGAAGUACAGUACCACUUUAAAAUAAGAGUCCUUUUAUUAUUAUUAUUAUUUUUUGUUUGUUUGUUUGUUUUUUGUUUAGUUUUUUUUUUUUUUUUUCUUUCUUUUCUUUUUCUUCUUCUAGUACCCCCCUCCUGUACCUCACACUCCGAUCCUUCCAACUCCCACAACUAUAUCCACACAAAAUAUAUAUAUAUAUAUAUAUAUAUAUAUAAAAAAAAAUAAUAAUAAUAAUAAUAAAAAAUAAAAAAAAUAAAUUAAUAAAUAAAAAUAAAGUAUUAAUUGUCCUCCGAAGAGGGGGGGUGGUGGUUGGGCCAAAAAAAAAUAAAAAAUAAAAAAUAAAUAAAAAUAAAAUAAGAGUCCUUUAUAAAGGGUUUAAAAUGAGUUUAUUAAUGGUUAUUAAUUAGGCUAUAAACCAAUAAAAGCAGUUACCACACAUAAAUAGGAAGGGAAACAGUGGAAAUAGUGAUUCAACUUUCAUUUAUACUUACAAUGUCUUUUCCAUCAAUCAGAAAUUAACAUUUCUGUUAAUAACUUUAUUCAUUUAACUAUACUUACAUAUUAAAAGGCUGAACUGACUUUUUAUUUCUAUAUUAUUUUAUUAGAAAUGUUAAAAAAAACUAAUUGUCGCUGUUGUUCUUUUUAUUUGUGUUGUAAUAAGUGCUUAUUAAUGUUUUUAUUUUUUAGUAUUUACAACUUAAUUUAUUACCAUUAAUAAACUCUUUAUAAAGGAGCCUUAUUUUAAAGUGGUAUCGGACGAACAUAUAAUGAUGCUUUGUGUCGAAAAUAUCAUAUUUGCCUGAUGAGUGUAAUUGUCAAUGGAGCCUAACAAUCGAACAGCAACUGCAGUCUUAUUUUCUUAAAUGGUUAACUUUCAGCCAAAAAAAAAUAAUUGUUUUAUAAUUAUUUUUAAAUGUUUUGCAUUGUAGAUUAAAACAAAAAUCAUCCAAACUAUGACAGAACACAUAUUGAAUUGUUUACCAAACAAAAAAUAUGUUUUAUAUUUUAGAUUCUUUAAAAAGUAGAACCUCUUGCUUAGAUAGCAGCUUUACAUAUCUUGAUUUUCUCAGUCAGUUUUAUGAGGUAGAAUCACCUGGAAUUCAGGCUUUCAGUUAACAGCUGUGCUGAACUCAUCAAGAGUUAAUUACUUGAAUUUCUUGUCUCUUAAUAAAGUGUUUGAGAGCAUCAGUUAAAGUAAAGUAGUGAAGAGGUAGAGUUACAGGUAUACAGUGAAUAGUGAAUAUUUGAGUAAUGUUCGAAUCCAGAUUAUGGCAUCAUAUUAAGUCAUCAAAAACGUUAUGAUGGAACUAGCACUCAUCAGGACCACACCAGGAAAGGAAGAGAAAGAAUGCUGCAUCAGUAGCAGUUAUAUUAUGGGGUAGUCUUAAUGAGUGUGUGAAGUUAUUGGUAUUUCAAAUUGGGGAGAAAAAAUAUAUUUUAUUGAAUAAAAUAUAUAUAAAAAAUAGACUGUAGUGAUUAUUAUACUUUAUUAAAUGGCUCAUAACCAAUGUAAAAUACAGUAAAAUAUGUGUCUUUGGGGCAGGUUAGGUUUCCCCACUCAUAAAAAUUAGUAUUUUUACAUAUUUUGACACUCACUUAUCUCGUAAAUACGAUAUAUUUCUGACACAAGUUAAAAAAAUAUAUAUGCGUAUUUUAUUCUAAUAAAUACUUUUAAUUUUAAACAGCAACAAAAAAUGCUACCUAUUUUAUUUACUCACAGUAAUGCUAAUGAAUGAAGUUUUUUCCAGAUCUGUAUUUUACUUCUAAUUAUUUUAAUUACACUGUAAUUAAUCAUACUGUAAUUAAAUGCUUCUUUCAGAGUGUUUUUUUUUUUUUUUUUUUUUUUUACAACGUUCUCUUUCGUUCACAUAACCUAAGACGCUUUCUCUUUCUCUCAGACCUCUGCACAAUUUCUGUCCUUUUUUUUUCUUCGAUUUAUUUUGUUCAUUUUGUUUAAACUUCUGUGCUUUUAUUGCUAAACACCAUGCAUACAUCAAUAAUGUAUAUACUGUACGUGUUAACCGUGCGUCACUGAUGUUAGUAUUUAGCUUGUAUAGUGUAAAUAGCAGCACUGGUUUAGUUUGACAAUAAAGAAAAAAAUAUAUAUUUGUUUUUAA